CAAAUACAAAUUGUUAUUGUUGCAGUUGUUGUACAUAAGUCGUGUAAUUUUCUGGUGCCAUUUGGUGCAAAACACCGAUUUUCUAGUUUCCCAGUAUGGUUCUUUUUGCACUUGCGACACAUAUACAUAUACAAUUAAUCAAAAUUUCUCUUACCAAAGCAAUAACAAGUUUUACCUCAUUUCAAAGUUGGUAAGGUAUGUUUGCGAAAAUGUUACUUAGGUUACUUCAUUUAGUUAUUGUUUAUUUUACUCUUUAAAGCCAUGUCUGGGAUCCGCAUUCUUCUCGCCACUUGAACCUACCAUGCAACAAAUUACUUAGUUAAACAGUGUUAUUGUACAUGAAUAAUAAUAAUUUGAAACUUAUAUUGCGACUGUGUCAGUGUAUUUACAUCUAUUGUUCAAAUCGUUUAAAAUGUUUGCGAAUUUUUAGCUUAUAGAUUUGUGCUACAUACAUACAUAGCUACUGAUGUAAUGGCAGUGUUGUACAAGUAAAAUCUAUAAAUUCUGAACAGAUAUUUAAAUAAAAGCGGAAAUCUAAAGAUAUUAAAGCCACAAAAUGGAACCAAAUUCCGAUGAUAAUCUCUUGGAGAUCAUGGAUCUGGCGCGCACUUUGCGUCAGGAACAAUUGUUUAUACAGCAAGAGCAGGCCGCAUUCGCUCAAUUUACAGCGUCGCUGUCCGAAAACUCGGCUGCCAUAACAAAGUUAGCGUACAUUUGUGCACAACAAAGACAAAACCUUAACGAUUUAAUCACGUCACGUCCUGAGGUGGGCCCCAGUAUUUGCUGUCGUCGUGCUAAAAAUUAUGAGAAUGCUAAAUAUAUUGAUGCGAAGAAAGUGUUGGACUAUGAGCAAGCGAUUUCCUAUGAAGAGCUGUUCAAUCACCUCUACCGCUCGCCAUAUCUGCUUGCACUUUCAUUGGCAACAGGCGAUCGCAUCGCUGAGAUAACACCACAGCAUCUCAGUUACGUAAUACAUACCAUAUCAGCAGGCCUUUAUGGUAAUGCGAUCAAUACAAAAGAUGUGGAAAUGAUUUUGAAACUUUUGAGGGAACUGAUCGAAAUUCAAAUUGUGGUUAGCGAAAAUCCACGCAAUUUAUUGCGCGCUAAUUCGUCGGCUUUCGCACGUCUCUAUCAUCGUUUGAAUGAGUCCAUGUUUUCGGCGAAAAUAUUUUUAACGGCAGCAUUAUUUGAGCCAAUCAUGGAGGUAUUGAGCGAUGUUGAUAGCGUAUUAGAUGUGGAUCCUAGCAAAGUUGUGGAGAGUUUCAGCAGCAAAGAGCGCUUGAAAAGAUUUGGCGCUGAAGAUUCGCUUAACUACCAAGAGAACCUUACCAAAUUCCAUCAAGAUACUAUAACAAAAUUACAUGCUUUAGCUAAAUCGUUUAUUGAUAAUUUAACAUUCAAUUGGUCUCUCUUCCCCUCAACCCUGCGCUGGUUAGUGCAAACCAUGAGCCAUCACCUAAAGCAAUCGCAUUUCUCCGAUAAAAUUAUCAACGAAAUAAUAACCGAUAUGGUAUUCACACAUUUUAUAUGUCCGGCCAUUGUUAGUCCGGACAUAAUGGGCAUCAUUGAUGCACCCAUACCCGAGCAAGUGCGUUUUAAUCUCAUACAAAUCGGCCAAAUCAUACAAAUGCUCGCAUUAGCCAAACACGAUGUUGUUGAUGCGAAAUUCGCACAAAUUCAUGCUAAAUUCGAAGCUAAUGCGGUUUCAAAUUUAAUCGACCUAUUGCUAAUGAGUCAAUCGGGCGAAGAUGUUGUCGCCAUACUGUCACAACAAAGUGAUUUCGAUCGCUCUCACUUACUGGGCACACAAAGCGAACUCGCAUACUUUGUUGAAUUUUAUCGUAUACUUAUGGCGAGCGAUGAAUUUGAACCGCCACCGGAGGAGCGCACGAAAUUACAGAAAGUACUUUCCCAUUUGCCAGAAUCAUCAGAAGCAAAUCAACGUUUGCAUGCAAAUGGCAAUGAUAUGGCUGGCAGUGCGGCAGUAAAUGGAGAGACCAGCAGCGCUAAAGAACGCUCAAAACAAGGUUUCAUGGGUCUUAGCAAGGUGACAAAGAAUAAAAUCGCCAAGAGUAUGAGCUUUAACACAAAUAAUAGUACCGGAAUCGAUGGCGCAACAGCAUCAACUACUGGUAAUGGAUUAACGAAUGGCGCGUCUCUGGGUCAAGCUCAUAUACAUGAUAAUCAUAAUGGCAAUAAUGGCAGCGCGGCAACAUCCUCAAACGCAUCCAUUAGCUCGAAUAGUUCAUCGCCAAUACGUACGAUCAAUAUGAAUGAUAUUCUCGAGAACGAACCAAUACUUGUAUUUAGCAUCUACAAUGGUGAAGAGCACAAACUGCAACCGCUCACUGAAGAAGAAGUGCUGAAGAUGAAUUGCAUAGGCCAGGAUAUUUCCAAUGGUGAGGCUUUGCUCGUCGAUACUGGCAGUGUUAAUUUAGAUAACACCAUUGACAAGUCAUCCUCAGUGGCUAAUGGCUUUGAUGGCAUGGACAACAUGAGCGAUGUUCUACGUCCGUUGCAUUCGAAGACUACGCGUUUCUCACUGUCGCAUGAUGAUGCCUCCAUUGGUAAUUCAGACAAUCUGGAAGCAGUUAGUGAAGCGCCAUCAAAUCACUCGGUCACUAGUUCACUUGAAUUGGAAGAGGAGAACGAUCAAAAUGACAAUCUUUCCGAUAUGGUCUCGGCGAAUGUAUCGGGACGUGGCACGCCAAAUAUUAGCGGUCGCGAUACGCCCUCUUCACAGGUAACCGACGGUGAAUCGGUACAUAAUGCGCUACCAACGCCGCAAAUGCAAAAGCUCAUAUCGAAAGCACGAUCUGAUAUUGAGGAUAAAUUUUGUAAAUUCGAGAUCAAAAAAUUCGAAGGUGAUGAAACCGUGUCAAUCAUAUCGGACACUUGGUCCACCGAUGUAUUGGCCAGCGAUUCUGAGACGGUUGAUGCCAGUGAACGCGAACGGGAUCGUAAUUUCUCUACACCACUUAUUCCCUCAGCAGUCGUUUUGCCAGGUGAUAACAAUUUCGAUGUUCUUGCUGGUGCGGGUGCCAUGCGCCCGGUUUUUCUCGAUGUAUCAGACCAACGCUCCGAGUCCAAUUGGAGUACUGAUGUAUUGGCCAGUGAUUCCGAAAAAUUUGCCGAAGUAGAUACUGAUGAUAAUAUAAGCAUAACCGCCAAAUCGGACAUAACCGAUUCAGGUGCACGAUCCGAACAGGAGCGCGAUCAGUUAGCUGCUGCGAUAUCUGCACCGCAACCUGCUCGACGCAUACCAAACUCACCGUUUUACACAGCUCGCAAUGGUCGAACGUUCCGUGCUGCAACCACACCAAAUUACCACAACACACCAAAUAGUAAUCGAAGUAAUGGCCUAAACGGUGUUGGAAAUGUGGCCAGAGCUGCGAUUGGCAAUGCAGCUACGGAGGAGGGUGGCGCUAUAGCAAGUGAUGGCAGUCAUGGUAGCGGUAGUAGUGAUCAUUCUCAAGAAGAUUCAGCAUUUUAUGAUGCGGCAAAUUUAUACGACGAAGCUGCGGCAUCGGUCAAAGCCGAAGAAAACCCGACUGCGCACUACAGCGGUCUAUCCUCUUUGGCGCGUAGUUCAGUGCGCACUACCAAUCAGUAUAGUGGCGAAAAUAAUUUCCAACAAGACUAUAAAAGUGGUAAUGCCGAUGGUAAAGAAGCUUUUUUGGGUGCACCACGCAUGCGUCGUCAAACUUCAGCUGAAAGCAGUAUUUCAAAUCAAAGUGUGACAUUUGAGGAUGCCGCUGGUUCUGUGGGUGUGUGUACGAGCAAGCCACCAAAGUCCCAUUACAAAGGUGGUAUAAAGAAAAAGAAACAACACAAUAGUAACUCGACGAAUAGCCACAAAGAUCUUAUAGAUUUUAGUGAUUUUGGCGAAGAGGAGAAGCCACCAAUCCCCGCAAGGCAACGUAAUGCUGAAGUUGAGGCAGCACUUGUCGAUUUGCUUGCAGAAGAGAAUGUUGAACAUCGUCACGCAUCGAAUGAGGCGCGCAAUGCCAGUUUCGAUGGCCGACGCAACGGUAUAUUGGCAAUGAAAAAUGACGGACGCGCCGAAUCGGGCGGCAGGCAUGCAUCGAUACCGCUAUUACGGCGUCACCAAAGUUUAAAUUAUGAAAAUCACGAGUUAAUGAUCAGCAAUGUCAUUGACACUUCAAAGCGUGUAACAAUGAUGGCCACUUUACCGCAAACAGAUGAUGACAAAAGUCAACAACAACAACAGAUUAUGCUGCUAUGCGCCAAAACCGAGAGAUUGCAACUAAAUGAUACGGAGAAUUGCACGAAUGAAAACGCGACAACCUCUACUCCGCGUUCUACUAUCACGAAUAGUACUUCCGGCCAUGGUACAGGUGGCAUGUUGACCUCGAGUUUAAGCGUUGCGGCGGGCAACACGAAUUGCGCUCAGAAACCGAGCAAAUCCACCGGCGCUAUACCGAAAAGCAUCAGUUUUGAUGCGUCGGCCGACAAGAAUAGCAGUAGUCAAAACGACGCUAGUUCGAGCACAAUCGGCGGAACGCGUCAUCUGCCCUCUCAUCGCAAUGCACGCGUAUUGCAUCCAAAUUUGGCGGUUCAUGCCUCAACUAGUGCCAAUAGUAAUUCGGGUAUAUUCAAUAAGCUGAAACAAGGUAUUUUCAAACACAGACGUGGUAACAAAUCACACUCGCGACAUUCGACGCAUCUGCACAAUGGUGUUGACAGUUUGACUGGUGGAGAGUAUACGCCGCACACGUCAGCCAGCAGUCGCACUGUGUCGUUCAGCGCAAACACUUCAGAAAUUUCGCUCGACAUGGUCAGUAUCGGCAGUGGUUCCGGCGGUGCACGCAACACUCCUCUCGUUGGGGCUGACAGUGGUGGAGCCAAUGCUGGUAUAGCGGCAAAUUAUGGCGAUAUUAAUGAGGAUAUUUUGGCAAAAUAUCGUCGUAAGGUUAGCAGUUCCAGUGAGGCUACAAAUUCGGACUCCUUAGGCAAUGGCUUAGGCGGCGCAGCGGCUGUGUCAUCAACAAAUGAACGCAAACAUUCCGAGGCGGAGCCGAAAUCACCAAAUACCAUUUUGCAUGAUAAAACUGUCGCUUUUAAUGUGAUCAAAAAGAAAAUACGUACCGUGCUGUCAAAGACUGAUUUACACACAGGCGAUUUUCGCCAUACCACGUACACCAAUGCCUCACCGUUACUCACAUAUCUGCAAAUUCAGCUGGCACAGGCGUUGAACCUACAAAAUUUCCAACAAAUUUCAUAUGUUUCUGAGGCAAUACGUUGUAUUUCAACGCUCGAACGCAAUCAGCACACUCAACUUCUCGAAGAAUUACAAGAGGAUAUACAAAAACGUCAGAAUUACUUACAGUAUUUAAUGCGAUAUCGUCAGAAUCAACUAUUAAUGAUGGAGAAUAUAGAACAGUUCGAAACACGUUUGCGUAGCGAAAGUGCUACAUGUAAUCGCUACUUAAUGAAUGUAUGUGUGCGUCUAUUUUUCGAAAAACGCCAAGCGAAAUUAGCUGAAUUCCAGGAGGAAUUUGCACGUCUUACAGUGUCCGAUGAUAAAAUUGAAUUGAUUGAGGAAUUCAUUGAAUGUUUGAUGGAAGAAUUGCUUUCAGCUGGCGGCAUACUACACGGCAUGCCAGAAUGGCAAGCACAGGAAGCGCGUCUGUCAAUUGAACGUAUACUACUUACACGUCUUUACCAACAGGUGAUGUUUCCCAAUGAAGAUGCUGAUUUAUCGCGCGAUACCGUACUCUCGGAGCAUAUCAGCAAGUUACAACGCGUUAUUAGCCCCUCACAUCCAGCACUUUGCAUUCCACAAGUAUAUCUUUCCGAGGCUCCUUGGUCAUUUGCUCAGCAACAGCUCUCAUAUAUAUCCGCAUAUAAAACGCCGCGAGAAAAAUUACAAUGCGUAAUCAGAUGCAUUUCGAGUAUUAUGAGCUUAUUGCAUAUGUCAAGUGGUCGCGUGCCGGCAGCUGAUGAUAUUUUGCCCGUUUUAAUCUAUGUUGUGAUUAUGACAAAUCCACCAUUUCUGCUGUCAACCGUUGAAUAUAUCACCUGUUUCAUCGGUGAGAAAUUAGAAGGCGAAGAACAAUUCCAUUGGACGCUCUUUUGCUCUGUGGUCAAAUUUAUCAAAACAAUGGACUACUUGGAUUGAAUAAAUUUCUUCCAAAGCAAAGUAAACUAGCUGAACAAGGUUUCCGUUGAAUCUGUUUGUUGCAUCUGUAAACACUAUUCCAAAUCACUUUACAUUAUUUAUUGUUUGCAUCAGUCGAGUGAUCGAAAUCAAGAACAUUUUAAAGCAAUAUUAAAGUAAUAUAAAACGAGUUUAUAGUUGUUGAAAUGUUAAGUUUUUUUUCUGUUAU